AUGUGUCAAGCUGGAUGUGGUAAAACCAUUCUAAGCUCUUCCAUCAUCAAUCACCUCUCCAAAACACAAUCAUCUUGUGCAACUGCUUAUUUCUUUUUUGAUGGCAGAGAUUCUCAAAAGGAAUUACAGCUGCAUGAUAAACUGAUUUGA